UGAAUUUCUGGGCGGUGAACAUGUAGGGAUUGCCCCGCUUGGUUGAGGAAAUCCAGAGUAUAAAGUUAUAACUCAUGACCAUUUCUCCUCCUCUCUGGCCGUCAGUCUGACUGCCAUUUUCUCACUCACUAUCGUUCAAGUCAACCACUUUACGUGCACUCGUUCACCCCAUAUUGAGACUCUUUGCGAUUCAAUAUGCAUAAAUCAUACCUCCUCCUCGCAGGACUUGCCAGGGUUGCAGUCGGUGGUAAAAUCCUUUGGGAUGGAAGAUUCAAUGAUGUCCAGUCUAACAAAGACAUUGAAGCGUGGUCCUGGAGCAAUCAAGUCGGCCCAUAUCAAUACUACAUCGUGAGUUUUGUUUCACAUCCGAAAUUUGAUAGUCAAAUAACCAUUUAGUAGCACGGGCCUUCUCCAAUUGACGCAUACGUAAACCUCGAUCCGUCUUACAGAAAUCCAGCAGAUCUAGGAAGUUCAAAAGGCGUGAAGAUCACAGUAGACGACACCUCAUUCUGGAACGGUCAAACACUUCGUCGAACCGAACUUAUUCCCCAAGCAUCGGCACCAAUCAACGCCUCAAGGGUUUUCUACCACUUCAGCCUGCAACGGUCCGAUGUUAACCCUCCCGAUACUAACAAGGAGCACCAAAUCGCCUUCUUCGAAAACCACUUCACAGAAUUGAAGUCUGGACACCUAGGCGACCCCACCGGGAUCACAGAUAACUUUCUCAGAUGGAACGCUGCGGGCAAGACACUAUGGAGCACCACCUGGAAUGCGCACGUUUGGCACAACAUCGCCUAUGAGGUCGAUUUUGAUGCUAAGACAGUGGCGUUUUGGCAUUCUGAGGGGGCAGACGACUUGGAGCUGACUGUUCCGGCUGUCAAGGCAGACACCUUUUCGGACAACAAGGAUUUUCAUUUGGGAAGUCUUGUCGUACCCAGAGAUGGUUUCCCUGAUCUAACCGAGGACUUCUAUUUUUCUAGUGUUUGGGUCGAGAGUGGAGAGACUAUUACGACAGGUAUCGCUGGACCUGAGAACUCUCCAGCUAAAGUACCUGCUACUCAAGUUACACGUACAGGACCCCCACCACCAAAGGACUCUUAAGGGGCUCAGGGGUGGAAAGUACUUGUCUUUACUGUACUGUGGAGAACGGUGAGGAACUCCAGAGACUGUAAAGAUGUAGAUUAUAUAACCCAUAUACAAACUAAAUAUACGACUUUCACGAGAAU